GCGCCAUCGCCGUGUCAUCGCCGUGGCACUCAAAUAACUCUCUCCUCACCGUCUCUCUCCUCCUCGUCUCUCUCCCUCGACUGCCUUCAAAUUUUCUAUAAAUUUUUCUGUAAAAAACCAUCGACCGCAAUCCUCGCAUUCUCCUAUUUUUAAUCAGACAACCUAUUUUCGGACCAGGUAUGGCUUCUCGGCUUGGCGUCCCGCCGUCGCCUUGGCGUCCUCCGUUGGACUGGGACUCCGCCGCCUCCUCCUUUCCGUCGAAGCUAGGGUUUGUCAAGAUUUCCCUGGUGAAAGGUGUUUCUUUCUCUGAUUCGAAUGCGAGGUCCAGCUUCUUGCCAUCACUUAAGGCAGUGGAGGACUCUCGGGCCUCCAUUGCCAGCCAGAAUGUUGAUAUCUCUGGAGGUAAAAAUCUCCACCAGACCUCCACUAUGGGAAAGUCGACAAACAUAGUGUGGCAUAAAUGUUCGGUUGAAAAACUCGACAGGCAGAAUUUGCUUCAACAAAGAGGAUGUGUUAUAUGGAUUACAGGUCUCAGUGGAUCAGGAAAAAGCACUUUGGCCUGUGCUUUGAGUCGAGGCUUGCACUCCAGAGGAAAGCUGACCUACAUACUCGAUGGUGACAAUGUUAGGCAUGGUCUAAACCGUGACCUUAGUUUCAAAGCUGAAGAUCGUGCAGAAAACAUACGGAGGAUAGGGGAGGUAGCAAAACUCUUUGCUGAUGCCGGUGUUAUUUGCAUCGCUAGCGUAAUUUCUCCAUACAGAAAGGACCGAGAUGCCUGCCGUGUGCUACUGCCAGAAGGAGAUUUCAUUGAGGUGUUCAUGGAUGUACCACUUGCAGUAUGUGAAGCAAGGGACCCAAAGGGAUUGUACAAACUCGCACGAGCUGGAAAGAUAAAAGGUUUUACGGGAAUUGAUGAUCCAUAUGAGCCACCGUCAAAUUGUGAGAUAGUAUUGCAGCAUAAGGAAUGGGAUUGUGCUUCUCCGAGUGAUAUGGCUGAAACGGUGAUAACGUACCUGGAAGAUAAAGGAUACCUGCAGGCAUAAUCAUUUAUCGCUGGGGAUGUACUUACAAUGUGCAAGAAAUGGUAAUUGCUUCUUUAAUCUCAUGCAGGAAUGAAACUCCUCGUUUCCCCCAUCCAUACUUCAAAUUCAGAUUGUUUGAUUGAUUGAUUAGGCAAUGCCACCAAAUUUAUCUUGGAAGAAAGCCAAAUUUAGGGCUGUGAGGGCUUUUGUUCGUUUGUUUGUUCGAUUGGUUGCAAUAAACAGGGUAGAUCUACAUCUACCGCUGCAGCUGAAAAAUCAGCAUGUGAUUUGUAUGUUGUAUUUUGGGAUGUUUUGGGGGUUCAUCUGUAAAAAUAAAAAAUAAAAAAGGGCAGCCCGGUGCACAAAGGGUGCGAGGAAGGGGGCAGAUGAUUAUGCCCAAAUGAAUCCUUGUAAUGUAAGCAUAGAUGGCUGUGUAUAAAAUUCUCCUUUGCUUGGUUGGUUGUAUGUA